CUGUGCGGAUGAAUAUGUUCUACAUCAUUGGAUAAAUGACUCCAUGUUUCCUUGUGUGCUUGGUGUCGUAAUCGUCUUUAUUUCUCAUCUCUCUCUUGGGUGGUUCCAUCGCCUACUCGACGGGUGGAAUGUUUCGCUGGUCCACAGAGGAUGUUUGGGACGUACUUCCGCGUGGGUUUCUACGGCUGCCGCUUCGGAGACCUGGACGAGCAGGAGUUUGUCUACAAGGAGCCGUCUAUCACCAAGUUAGCGGAGAUCUCUCACCGUCUUGAGGAGUUUUACUGUGAACGUUUCGGGGAUGACGUGGUGGAAAUCAUCAAGGACUCCAGCCCGGUGGACAAGAACAAACUGGAUCCGAACAAGGCCUACCUGCAGAUCACCUACGUGGAGCCCUUCUUCGACACGUACGAGCUGAAGGAGCGGAUCACGUACUUCGACAAGAACUACAACCUGCGCACCUUCAUGUACUGCACGCCGUUCACGCUGGACGGCCGCGCCCACGGCGACCUGCACGAGCAGUACAAGCGCAAGACCAUCCUUACCAUGCUGCACGCCUUCCCCUACGUCAAGACCCGCGUCAACGUGCUGCAGAAGGAGGAGAUCAUCCUGGUUCCCAUGGAGGUGGCCAUCGAGGACAUGCAGAAGAAGACCCAGGAGCUGGCCUUCGCCACGCACCAGGAGCCCUCCGACUCCAAGAUGCUGCAGAUGGUGCUGCAGGGCAGCGUGGGCACCACGGUGAACCAGGGUCCCUUGGAGGUGGCCCAGGUCUUCCUCUCUGACAUCCCUGACGACCCCAAGCUGUUCCGCCACCACAACAAGCUGCGGCUGUGCUUCAAGGACUUCACUAAGAGGUGUGAGGACGCCCUGCGGAAGAACAAGACCCUGAUCGGGCCGGACCAGAAGGAGUACCACCGGGAGCUGGAGAGGAACUACAACAAGCUGAAGGAGGCGCUUGGACCGCUCAUCAACCGCAAGAUCCCCCAGCUCUACCGGCCGCUGGCGGUGCAAGCCACGCAGAUACAGCGGAACUCCUACAACAGGUCCGAGCCUUCGAAGAGUGGACUGCUAAAGCACAGAGACACUCAGGCUUUAAUCCUCCGUCGUGCCCUCAACCCCUCCACCCUUCCCCUCUCCUCUCUCCCUCCCUCCCUCCCUCGGUCGCUGCAGUGA